AGAAAACGUUGGUGAAUUACAGAGUACAAAUAUGUUUAGACCACAAGGAGCAAUUGUUUGGUUUCCUUUCUUUUUCCUGGUCUGGAAUGCAGAUAUCGUUGUGAUGAAACUCUCUGUCUCCGUUAAGGAGUGGGAUGAACUGAUUAGCAAGAAUGAUGUAGGAGAAUCCCUAGACGUUUUGGAUAGAUAUUGUGCAAAUGUUGUGAAUGUGGUGAAGGAAUUGGAACCAAAACUGAAUUCCGUUACUCUGUCAUGUGACAUGCAUCCAUUACAAAAGCCAAAUAAUAUUCAUGCCGAAACCAUCAAUGUUCAACUUGCUGUGUUAAAGAGUGAAAUGGAGAAAGUAUAUUCAUCAGAAAAGUGGUUUCCAUCGUUAAAGAAUGCACUUGAAUCGGGUACUGUGAAUGUGGAUAGCACGUGGAUAACUAAAAUCGUUUCAGUGAGUGAUCCGGAAACCUUUAGCGAUGAAACCCACCUGUUCAACGAAUAUUUUGGAACGCACUUAGUCGCUGAUAGGUGCGCUGAUCUGAAGAACAUUAUGUCGAGGAGAUAUUCCGGGUUUGGAGAAUUAAUGGAGAACUGUCUCUUCGAUAUGCAUAAAGGGACUAUAAGUAUGAGUAUGAAAUACCAAGAACUAAUGAAGAAAGGUUAUUGCUGUUUCAAACAUAACAUAUACAGAAGAAUAUACUGGUCUGUUGAUGAAUUAUUGCGACCGAAAAAAUAUGGUGAGAAUUUUCGAAAAACAAAAAUUUAAAAACAAAAUUAAAGAAACAAGAAAGCGAGUAAAGAUAAGAAACAUGCAAAAGCUGAAAACAUACAAUACAGUACAGGCGAAAAAGUGCAAAUUAAGACAAAUUACCAUAGGCAUAAGUAGAGAUGAAAAAAACCUGACUACAGAAUGAUAUUUCGGUGAUCAGUUACAACGCUUUCAUUUUUCUAUCGAACUUACUCUAUCGGUUUAUUUCUCGAUGUCUUCCUGUCAUUUAGAUGGGGAGACGACAAUGAAGAGCGAAACAUCUCAACCUGAAAUAGCGUCUGACAUGGAAGGAAUUUCUCUCGGUAUUAGUAUAGGGGUUGUGGAGAUUAUUAAGUUUUUGAUUGAGAUCGUGGACCGACUGAUGUUAG